AUGGUUAAUUAGAUUGAAUAGAAAGGAACUAUUGUUAUGAGACUUUUCCUAAAACUAGAAACUAAAGUUUUGGGCUUUUAAUCAUAAAUAUUAUGGGUAUAUUUUAUUUAAGAGGUUUGGUUAAUACAACUUUUUCACUACCAAGCUUUUUUAACUCCUAACAAAGAUGUGAUUGACUACUUUUUCAUGGAAAAAGUAUAAAUUUAAUUAGAAAUGUAGUUUCAUUCAUUUAUUAAGUUAUCGUAUUUACAUUUAUUUAAAUGAUAACACUUGGUUAAUCUUAAUUACUAAAAUUUGUUUAUAAAGAUAUAUAAAAAAGAUUUAGUAAUCAAAUUCAAAGCUAACAUGCUAACAAAAUAAUCAACUGGAUUAAUUAUACACUGUUUGUUAUAACUAAUUCUAUACAGAAUUCAGACUAAAUUGUUUUAAAUGUUUAAAGUAUGAAAUAAUCCUUCAUGAUCAUUUUAAAGAUGCUGAAAAAUCAACACUUUAAUCACUUAUAUCGAAAAUAAAAAUUACGAAUGUGAUAAUUUUAUUGAUGAUGUCAUAAAAAGAUAUAGAAAGUUUGAAUCAAACAUUUUCUUUGUUAAAAAAGGGAAUCUAAUUGAAAUAUUCAUUAGAUAAGGGAUAAUUAGUGAAUUUGAAUUUACAGUAAAUAGUUUGA